CCUGCGUCUCCACAGCCUGCUUGCCCGUCCGCCUGUCCUGCCCACCCGCUGGCCUGUGCUCCCUGUGCCUCCUUUUUGUCCUCCUUGGGCCCCACCCAUUGCCCUCACCUCCCGGCAGCCAUGGUGGCCGGCAUGCUCAUGCCACUGGACCAGCUGCGGGCUAUUUAUGAGGUGCUUUUCCGAGAGGGUGUGAUGGUGGCCAAGAAGGACCGGCGACCCCGCAGCCUGCACCCUCAUGUGCCUGGCGUCACCAACCUGCAGGUCAUGCGUGCCAUGGCUUCCUUGCGGGCCCGGGGCCUGGUCCGGGAGACCUUUGCCUGGCGCCACUUUUACUGGUACCUCACUAAUGAGGGCAUCUCCCAUCUGCGGCAGUACCUGCAUCUGCCACCUGAGAUCGUGCCCGCCUCCCUGCAGCGUGUGCGCCGGCCUGUUGCCAUGGUGAUGCCAGCACGCCGUGCCCCCCAUGUGCAAACUGUGCAGGGGCCUAUGGGCUGCCCGCCCAAGAGGGGGCCGCUGCCAGCAGAGGAUCCUGCUCGGCAGGAGCAUCGGGCUUACCGCCGGAAGGAGCCUGAGGAACGGGCACCUGACCCCCCUGUGGUGCCCACCACCACCCCAGGGACCCUGGCGAGGCCCAGCCUGGAGCCCACUUCUGCUAUCACAGAUGAGCGAGACCGUGUGCAGAAGAAAACCUUCACCAAGUGGGUCAACAAGCACCUCAUCAAGGCUCAGAGGCACAUCAGCGACCUGUAUGAAGACCUCCGAGAUGGCCACAACCUCAUCUCCUUGCUGGAGGUGCUCUCUGGGGACAGCCUGCCAAGAGAGCGGGACGUAAUCAGGAGCUCGAGGCUGCCCCGAGAAAAGGGGAGGAUGCGCUUCCACAAGCUGCAGAAUGUUCAGAUCGCCCUGGACUAUCUCCGACACCGUCAGGUGAAGUUGGUGAACAUCAGGAAUGAUGACAUUGCUGACGGCAACCCCAAGCUGACCCUUGGCCUGAUCUGGACCAUCAUCCUGCACUUCCAGAUCUCGGACAUCCAGGUGAGCGGGCAGUCAGAGGACAUGACAGCCAAGGAGAAGCUGCUGCUGUGGUCACAGCGCAUGGUAGAGGGCUACCAGGGCCUGCGCUGUGACAACUUCACCACCAGCUGGCGGGAUGGCCGACUUUUCAAUGCCAUCAUCCACCACCACAAGCCGAUGCUAAUUGACAUGAACAAGGUGUACCGGCAGACCAACCUGGAAAACUUGGACCAGGCCUUCUCCGUGGCCGAGCGUGACCUGGGAGUAACACGGCUUCUGGACCCUGAGGAUGUGGAUGUCCCUCAGCCUGACGAGAAGUCCAUCAUCACAUAUGUCUCAUCCUUGUACGACGCCAUGCCCCGGGUGCCUGAUACACAGGGCGGGGUGAAGGCCAAUGAACUGCAACUGCGCUGGCAGGAGUACCGGGAGCUGGUGGUGUUGCUGCUGCAGUGGAUCCGUCAUCACACAGCUGCCUUUGAGGAACGCAAGUGUCCCUCCAGUUACGAGGAGAUUGAGAUUCUGUGGUGCCAGUUCUUGAAGUUUAAGGAGACAGAGCUUCCAGCCAAAGAGGCAGAUAAGAACAGGUCCAAGGGAAUCUACCAGUCCCUAGAGGGGGCUGUGCAAGCUGGUCAGCUCAAGGUGCCCCCUGGCUACCACCCACUGGAUGUGGAGAAGGAGUGGGGCAAGCUGCACGUGGCCAUCCUGGAGCGGGAAAAGCAGCUGCGCAGCGAGUUUGAGAGGCUGGAGUGUCUGCAGCGCAUCGUGAGUAAGCUCCAGAUGGAGGCCGGGAUGUGCGAGGAACAGCUGAACCAGGCCGACGCCCUGCUGCAGUCGGAUGUGCGCCUCCUAGUGGCGGGGAAGGCCCCCCAGCGGGCAGGUGAGGUGGAGAGGGACCUGGACAAGGCGGAUGGCAUGAUCCGGAUACUUUUCAACGAUGUGCAGACCCUGAAAGAUGGGCGACACCCACAGGGCGAGCAGAUGUACCGCAGGGUAUACCGCCUACAUGAACGCCUGGUGGCCAUCCGGACUGAGUACAACCUCCGGCUCAAGGCGGGAGUGGCUGCCCCCAUGACCCAGGUGACCCAGGUGACCCAGAUGACCCAGGCCACCUUGCAGCGGCGCCCUGAGCUGGAGGACUCCACAUUGCGCUACCUGCAGGACCUGCUGGCCUGGGUGGAGGAGAACCAGCAACGAGUGGAUGGUGCCGAGUGGGGUGGGGACCUGCCCAGUGUGGAGGCGCAGCUGGGCAGCCACCGUGGCCUGCACCAGUCCAUCGAGGAGUUCCGUGCCAAGGUUGAGCGGGCACGAGCUGAUGAGGGCCAGAUCUCCCACACUGCCCGGGGUACCUAUCGGGACUCUGUGGGCCGGCUGGAGUUGCAAUAUGCCAAGCUCUUGAACUCCUCCAAGGCCCGCCUUCGAGCUCUGGAGAGCCUGCAUAGCUUUGUGGCAGCUGCCACCAAGGAGCUGAUGUGGCUGAAUGAGAAGGAGGAGGAGGAGGUGGGCUUUGACUGGAGCGAGCGCAAUGCCAACAUGGCGGCCAAGAAGGAGAGCUACUCAGCCCUGAUGCGAGAGCUGGAGCUGAAGGAGAAGAAAAUCAAGGAGAUUCAGAACACUGGGGACCGGCUGAUGCGGGAGGACCACCCUGCUCGGCCCACAGUGGAGUCUUUUCAGGCAGCCCUGCAGACACAGUGGAGCUGGAUGCUGCAGCUUUGCUGUUGUAUUGAGGCACACCUGAAAGAGAACACCGCCUACUUCCAGUUCUUCUCAGAUGUGCGGGAGGCGGAGGAGCAGCUGCAGAAGCUGCAGGAGACGCUGCGCAGGAAAUAUACCUGUGACCGGGCCAUCACUGUUACCCGCCUGGAGGACCUGCUGCAGGACGCGCAGGACGAGAAGGAGCAGCUGAUGGAAUACCGGGGACACCUCUCUGGGCUGAGCAAGCGGGCCAAGGCCAUUGUGCAGCUGAAACCCCGGAAUCCUGCCCAGCCCAUGCGGGGCCGAGUGCCUUUGCAGGCUGUGUGUGACUACAAACAGGUGGAGGUGACCGUGCACAAGGGCGAUGAGUGCCAGCUGCUGGGCCCUGCACAGCCAUCCCACUGGAAGGUGCUGAGCAGCUCUGGCAGUGAGGCUGCUGUGCCUUCCGUGUGCUUCCUUGUGCCCCCACCCAACCAGGAGGCACUGGAGGCUGUCAACAGGCUGGAGGCCCAGCACCAGGCCCUGGUGGCGCUGUGGCAUCAGCUUCAUGUGGACAUGAAGAGCCUCCUGGCGUGGCAGAAUCUCAGCCGUGACGUACAGCUCAUCCGCUCCUGGUCGCUGGUCACGUUCCGCACACUGAAGCCUGAGGAACAGCGUCAAGCCCUGCGUAGCCUGGAGCUACACUAUCAGGCCUUCCUGCGUGACAGCCAGGAUGCUGGAGGUUUUGGACCCGAGGACCGGCUACAUGCCGAGCGCGAGUACGGCUCCUGUAGCCGCCACUACCAGCAGCUGCUGCAGAGUUUGGAGCAGGGUGAGCAGGAGGAGUCCCACUGCCAGCGCUGCAUCUCAGAGCUCAAGGACAUCCGACUGCAGCUGGAAGCCUGUGAGACACGUACUGUGCACCGCCUGCGGCUGCCACUAGACAAGGAGCCGGCCCAAGAGUGUGCCCAGCGCAUCGCUGAGCAGCAGGCAGCACAGGCAGAGGUGGAGGGGCUAGGCAAGGGGGUGGCCCGGCUCUCGACUGAAGCUGAGAAGAUCCUGGCUCUGCCUGAGCCAUCCCCUGCAGCCCCCACGCUGCGCUCGGAGCUUGAGCUGACCCUGGGCAAGCUGGAGCAGGUCCGCAGCCUGUCAGCCAUCUAUCUGGAGAAGCUCAAGACCAUCAGCUUGGUGAUCCGCAGCACACAGGGGGCAGAGGAGAUACUCAAGGCCCAUGAGGAGCAGCUGAAGGAGGCGCAGACCGUGCCCUCUACCCUCCCAGAGCUGGAGGCCACCAAGGCCAUGCUCAAGAAGUUGCGGACCCAGGCAGAGGCCAAGCAGCCAGUGUUCGAUGCUCUGAGGGAUGAGCUUCGGGGUGCCCAGGAGGUGGGCGAGCAGUUGCAGCAGCGGCAUGGCGAGCGUGAUGUGGAGGUGGAGCGCUGGCGCGAGCGGGUGACCCAACUACUAGAGCGCUGGCAGGCCGUGCUGGCCCAGGCUGACCUGCGGCAGCGUGAGCUGGAUCAGCUGGGCCGGCAGCUGCGCUACUACCGGGAGAGCGCCGAUCCACUGGGUGCCUGGCUGCAGGAUGCCAAGCGCCGGCAGGAGCAGAUCCAGGCCAUGUCACUGGUUGACAGCAAUGCCGUGAGGGAGCAGCUGCGACAAGAGAAGGCGCUGCUGGAGGAGAUAGAGCGUCAUGGGGAGAAAGUAGAGGAGUGUCAGAGGUUUGCCAAGCAGUACAUCAAUGCCAUCAAGGACUAUGAGCUCCAGCUAGUCACCUACAAGGCUCAGCUGGAGCCCGUGGCCUCUCCAGCCAAGAAGCCUAAGGUGCAAUCAGGCUCAGAGAGUGUCAUCCAGGAGUAUGUGGACCUGCGCAUGCGCUAUAGUGAGCUGACCACGCUCACAGGCCAGUACAUCAAGUUCAUCAGUGAGACCCUGAGGCGCAUGGAGGAGGAGGAGAGACUGGCCGAGCAGCAGCGGGCAGAGGAGCGGGAGCGGCUGGCUGAGGUGGAAGCUGCCCUGGAGAAGCAGCGUCAGCUGGCCGAGGCGCACGCCCAGGCCAAGGCACAGGCAGAGCGUGAGGCACAGGAGCUGCAGCAGCGCAUGCAGGAGGAGGUGACGCGGCGCGAGGAGGCAGCUGUGGAUGCGCAGCAGCAGAAGCUCAGUGUCCAGCAGGAGCUCCAGCACCUGCGGCAGAGCUCAGAGGCUGAGAUCCAGGCCAAAGCCCGACAGGCAGAGGCAGCUGAACGCAGCCGCCUCCGCAUCGAGGAGGAGAUCCGCGUGGUGCGCCUGCAGCUGGAGGCCACUGAGCGCCAGCGCGGCGGGGCUGAGGGAGAGCUGCAGGCACUGCGGGCACGGGCCGAGGAGGCUGAGGCUCAGAAGCGGCAGGCACAGGAGGAGGCGGAGCGCUUGCGUAGGCAGGUGCAGGAUGAGAGUCAGCGCAAGAGGCAGGCAGAGGCUGAGCUGGCCCUGCGAGUGAAGGCAGAGGCCGAGGCCGCACGGGAGAAACAGCGGGCCCUGCAGGCUCUGGAGGAGGUGCGGCUGCAGGCAGAGGAGGCCGAGCGCCGCAUGCGGCAGGCCGAGGCCGAGCGUACACGCCAGGUGCAGGUGGCUUUGGAGACAGCCCAGCGCAGCGCCGAGGUGGAGCUGCAGGCCAAGCGCGCCUCCUUCGUGGAGAAGACAGCGCAGCUGGAGCGCACCCUGCAGGAGGAGCAUGUGACAGUGGUGCAGCUGCGAGAGGAGGCCGAGCGGCGUGCACAGCAGCAGGCCGAGGCCGACCGUGCCCGGGAGGAGGCCGAGCGGGAGCUAGAGCGCUGGCAGCUCAAGGCCAAUGAGGCGCUGAGGCUGCGGCUGCAGGCAGAGGAGGUGGCGCAGCAAAAGAGCCUGGCCCAGGCUGAGGCGGAGAAGCAGAAGGAGGAGGCAGAGCGUGAGGCCCGGCGGCGCGGCAAAGCAGAAGAGCAGGCGGUGCGGCAGCGGGAGCUAGCUGAGCAGGAGCUGGAGAAGCAGCGGCAGUUGGCUGAGGGCACCGCGCAGCAGCGCCUGGUGGCUGAACAGGAGCUGAUCCGCUUAAGGGCUGAGACAGAGCAGGGAGAGCAGCAGAGGCAGCUGCUGGAGGAGGAACUGGCCAGGCUGCAGCAGGAGGCGGCUGCAGCCAAGCAGAAGCGGCAGGAGCUGGAGGCAGAGCUGGCCAAGGUACGUGCGGAGAUGGAGGUGCUGUUGAGCAGCAAAGCUCGGGCAGAGGCGGAGUCUCGCUCCACCAGUGAGAAGUCCAAGCAGCGGUUGGAGGCUGAAGCUGGCAAGUUCCGAGAGCUUGCAGAGGAGGCAGCUCGCCUUCGUGCCCUGGCAGAGGAGGCCAAGCGGCAGCGGCAGCUGGCUGAGGAGGAUGCCUCCAAGCAGCGGGCAGAGGCGGAGCGUGUGCUGGCUGAGAAGCUGGCAGCCAUCAGCGAGGCCACCCGGCUCAAGACAGAGGCAGAGAUUGCACUCAAGGAGAAGGAGGCAGAGAAUGAGAGGCUACGCCGACUGGCAGAAGAUGAGGCCUUCCAGCGGAGGCGGCUAGAGGAGCAGGCCGCUCAACACAAGGCUGACAUUGAGGAGCGGCUGGCCCUGCUGCGCAAGGCCUCGGACACUGAGCUGGAGAGGCAGAAGGGGUUGGUGGAGGACACGCUACGGCAGAGGCGGCAGGUGGAGGAAGAGAUCCUGGCUCUCAAGGCCAGUUUUGAGAAGGCGGCUGCCGGCAAGGCUGAGCUGGAGCUGGAGCUGAGCCGCAUCCGCAGCAGCGCCGAGGACACAAUGCGCAGCAAAGAACAAGCCGAGCAGGAGGCUCUGAGGCAGCGGCAGCUUGCGGCCGAGGAGGAACAGCGGCGCCGAGAAGCUGAGGAGCGUGUGCAGAAGAGCCUGGUGGCUGAGGAAGAGGCAGCGAGGCAGCGCAAGGCCGCCCUGGAGGAGGUGGAGCGGCUCAAGGCCAAGGUGGAGGAGGCGAGGCGGCUGCGUGAGCGGGCGGAACAAGAGUCCUCAAGGCAGCUGCAGCUGGCACAGGAGGCAGCACAGAAGCGGCUGCAGGCCGAGGAGAAGGCCCAUGCCUUUGCUGUGCAGCAGAAAGAGCAGGAGCUGCAGCAAACACUGCAGCAGGAGCAGAACAUGCUGGAGCGCCUGCGCAGUGAGGCCGAGGCAGCACGCAAGGCUGCGGAGGAGGCUGAGGAGGCCCGGGAACAGGCUGAGCAGGAAGCUGCACAGUCACGGCGGCAGGUGGAGGAGGCCGAGAGGCUGAAGAAAUCAGCGGAGGAACAGGCGCAGGCCCGAGCACAGGCACAGGCGGCUGCUGAGAAGUUGCGAAAGGAAGCAGAGCAGGAGGCAGUGCGGCGGGCCCAGGCUGAGCAGGCCGCCCUGCGUCAGAAACAGGCUGCUGACGCAGAGAUGGAGAAGCACAAGAAGUUCGCAGAGCAGACUCUGCGGCAGAAGGCACAGGUGGAGCAGGAGCUGACCACACUGCGGCUACAGCUGGAGGAGACCGACCACCAGAAGAGCAUCCUGGAUGAAGAGCUGCAGCGACUGAAGGCAGAAGUGACUGAGGCGGCCCGCCAGCGCAGCCAGGUGGAGGAGGAGCUGUUCUCAGUGCGUGUGCAGAUGGAGGAGCUGGGCAAGCUCAAGGCACGCAUUGAGGCGGAGAACCGGGAGCUCAUCCUGCGUGACAAAGACAAUACGCAGCGCUUCCUGCAGGAGGAGGCAGAGAAGAUGAAACACGUGGCGGAGGAGGCAGCCCGGCUGAGUGUGGCAGCCCAGGAGGCAGCCCGGCUGCGUCAGCUGGCCGAAGAGGACCUGGCACAGCAGCGUGCCCUGGCUGAGAAGAUGCUCAAGGAGAAGAUGCAGGCCGUGCAGGAGGCCACACGGCUUAAGGCUGAGGCAGAGCUGCUGCAGCAGCAGAAGGAGCUGGCACAAGAGCAGGCCCGACGGCUCCAGGAGGACAAGGAGCAGAUGGCACAGCAGCUGGAGCAAGAGACACAGGGCUUCCAGCGGACACUGGAGGCUGAGCGGCAGCGGCAACUAGAGAUGAGCGCUGAAGCCGAGCGCCUUAAACUGCGAGUGGCCGAGAUGAGCCGGGCCCAGGCCCGUGCGGAGGAGGAUGCCCAGCGCUUCCGGAAGCAGGCAGAGGAGAUCGGUGAGAAGUUGCACCGUACAGAGCUGGCCACGCAAGAGAAGGUGACGCUUGUGCAGACACUGGAGAUGCAGCGCCAACAAAGCGACCAUGAUGCAGACCGUCUGCGUGAAGCCAUUGCAGAGCUGGAGCGGGAGAAGGCCAAGCUACAGCAGGAGACUAAGCUAUGGCAGCUCAAGUCAGAGGAGACCCAGGCAGAGAAGCAGGAGCAGCUGCUGCAGGAGACUCAGGCCCUGCAGCAGAGCUUCCUGUCCGAGAAGGACAGCCUGUUGCAACGGGAGCGCUUCAUUGAGGAGGAGAAGGCCAAGCUGGAGCGGCUAUUUCAUGAAGAGGUGACAAAGGCUAAGCAGUUGCGUGAGGAGCAGCAACGGCAGCAGCAGCAGAUGGAACAGGAGAAGCAGCAGCUGGUGGCCAGUAUGGAGGAGGCUCGGCGACGGCAGCGGGAGGCGGAGGAGGGCGUGCGGCACAAGCAGGAGCAGCUCCAGCAGUUGGAGCAGCAGCGCCAACAGCAGGAGCAGCUGCUGGCAGAGGAGAAUAAGCGGCUGCGGGAGAGGCUGCAGCAGCUGGAGGAGGAGCACCGGGCUGCCCUGGCACACUCAGAAGAGGUUGCAGCCAUGCAGGCGGCAGCCACCAAAGCCCUGCCCAAUGGCCAGGAUGCCCCUGAUGGCCCCACCAUGGAGGCUGAACCUGAGCAUGCCUUUGAGGGCCUGCGGCGCAAGGUGCCUGCCCAACAGCUGCAGGAGGCAGGUGUUCUGAGCACUGAGGAGCUGCAGCGACUGAGGCAGGGCCGCACCACAGUGGCUGAGCUGGCGAGGCGGGAGGAUGUGCGUCGCUACCUGCAGGGCCACAGCAGCAUUGCUGGGCUGCUCCUGAAGCCCAGCAAUGAGAAGCUGAGCAUCUACACUGCCCUGCAGAGACAGCUUUUGAGCCCCGGCACUGCCAUCAUCCUGCUGGAGGCCCAGGCAGCCUCAGGCUUCCUCCUGGACCCCGUGCGGAACCGGAGGCUGACGGUCAAUGAGGCCGUGAAGGAGGGUCUGGUGGGCCCUGAACUGCACCAGAAGCUGCUGUCAGCCGAGCGUGCCGUCACUGGCUACAAGGACCCCUACUCUGGGGAGCAGAUCUCCCUCUUCCAGGCUAUGAAGAAGGACCUGAUUGUACAUGACCAUGGCAUCCGCCUGCUGGAGGCCCAGAUUGCCACAGGGGGCGUCAUCGACCCCGUGCACAGCCACCGAGUGCCCGUGGAUGUGGCAUACAAGCAUGGCUACUUCGAUGAGGACAUGAACCGCGUGCUGGCCGACCCCAGCGAUGACACCAAGGGCUUCUUUGACCCCAACACACAUGAGAACCUCACCUACAUGCAGCUGCUAGAACGCUGUGUGGAAGACCCCGAGACGGGGCUUCGCCUCCUGCCACUCACAGACCAGGCUGCCCGGGGGCGUGAGCUGGUCUACACAGACUCAGAGGCUCGUGAUGUAUUCAAGAAGGCCACUGUCUCCACACCAUUCGGCAGGUUCCAGGGUAAGACUGUGACCAUCUGGGAGCUCAUCAACUCUGAAUAUUUCACAGCAGAGCAGCGGCGGGACCUAUUGCGGCAGUUCCGCUCUGGCAAGGUGACGGUGGAGAAGAUUAUCAAGAUCAUCAUCACAGUGGUGGAGGAGCACGAGCAGAAGAGCCAGCUCUGCUUCCAAGGCCUGCGCGCCCUAGUGCCUGCCACCCAGCUGCUUGAGAGCGGGGUCAUUGACGCUGAGCUCCAUCGACAGCUGCAGCAAGGUGAGCGCUCAGUGCAGGAGGUCUCAGAAGUGGAAGCUGUGCGCCAGGCCCUACGGGGCACCAAUGUCAUUGCUGGUGUGUGGCUAGAAGAGACUGGGCAGAAGCUAAGUAUCUACGAGGCCCUGAAGAGAGAGCUAUUGCCUCAGGAGGUAGCAGUGGCCCUGCUAGAGGCCCAGGCCGGCACUGGGCACAUCAUUGACCCCCUUACCAGCACCCGGGUUACAGUGGAUGAAGCAGUGCGUGCUGGCCUGGUGGGCCCUGAGCUGCACGCCAAGUUGCUGUCAGCCGAGAAGGCUGUGACAGGCUACAAGGACCCAUACUCAGGACAGAGCGUCUCCCUCUUCCAGGCACUGAAGAAGGGCCUCAUCCCCAAGGAGCCGGGCCUGCGUCUGCUGGAUGCUCAGCUGUCCACGGGUGGCAUUGUGGACCCCAGCAGGAGCCACCGUGUGUCCGUGGAUGUGGCCUGUUCACGGGGAUACCUGGAUAAGGACACUAGCAAGUCCCUGUUGGCACCCAAGGAUGAUACCAAGACCUACCGUGACCCCAUCACACAGGAGCCAGUUACCUACAGCCAGCUCCAGCAGCGCUGUCGGCCUGACCAGCUGACUGGCUUGAGCCUGCUGCCCAUCUCAGAGAAGGCUGCUCGGGCCAGGCAGGAAGAGCUGUACUCUGAGCUCCAGGCCCGGGAAACCUUCCAAAAGGCCACAGUGGAGGUCCCCACGGGCACCUUCCAGGGCAGGACGGUGACAGUGUGGGAGCUGAUCAGCUCUGAGUACUUCACAGCAGAGCAGCGGCAGGAGCUGCUGCGUCAGUUCCGCACGGGCAAAGUGACAGUGGAAAAGAUCAUUAAGAUCCUUAUCACCAUUGUGGAGGAGGUGGAGAGUGUGCGCCGAGAGCGGCUGUCCUUCAGUGGCCUCCGAGCACCUGUGCCCGCCAGUGAGCUCCUAGAGGCCGGCAUCCUCAGCCGUGUCCAGUUUGAGCAGCUCCAGGAUGGCAAGACCACAGUUAAGGACCUCUCAGAGGUGGACUCAGUGCGGAGGCUCCUCCAGGGCAGUGGCUGUCUGGCUGGCAUCUACUUGGAGGACUCCAAGGAGAAAGUGACCAUCUAUGAGGCCAUGCGGCGUGGCCUGCUCAGACCCAGCACAGCCACCCUCCUGCUGGAGGCCCAGGCAGCCACUGGCUUCCUGGUAGACCCCGUGCGCAACCAGCGCCUCUACGUCCACGAAGCCGUGAAGGCAGGUGUUGUGGGCCCUGAGAUGCAUGAGAAGCUGCUUUCGGCCGAGAAGGCUGUCACAGGCUAUAAGGACCCCUACUCGGGCAAUACCAUCUCUCUCUUCCAGGCCAUGAAGAAGGGCUUGGUACUCAGGGACCACGGCAUCCGUCUGCUGGAGGCCCAAAUUGCCACAGGGGGCAUCAUCGACCCCGUGCACAGCCACCGUGUACCUGUAGACGUGGCCUACAAGCGCGGCUACUUUGACGAGGACAUGAACCGCAUGCUGGCCGACCCCAGUGAUGACACCAAGGGCUUCUUCGACCCCAACACGCACGAGAACCUCACCUACAUGCAGCUGCUGGAGCGCUGUGUGGAGGACCCCGAGACGGGGCUGCGCCUCCUACCACUGCGGGGGGCAGAGCAGGCCGAGGUGGUAGAGACCACCCAGGUGUACACAGAGGAGGAGACACGGCGGGCCUUUGAGGAGACACAGAUUGACAUCCCUGGUGGCGGUGAUGGGGGCCAGGGUACCUCCACUAUGUCCCUCUGGGAGGUGAUGCAGUCGGACAUGAUCCCCAAGGAACAGCGGGCACGGCUGAUGGCCGACUUCCAGGCAGGCCGAGUGACCAAGGAGCGCAUGAUCAUCAUCAUCAUCGAGAUUAUCGAGAAGACUGAGAUCAUCCGCCAGCAGAACCUGAGCUCCUACGACUAUGUGCGUCGUCGUCUGACAGCUGAGGACUUGUAUGAGGCCCGGAUCAUCUCCCGGGAGACCUAUGAGCUGCUCCGUGGGGGCACCAAGAGCCUCCGUGAGGUGCUGGAGGCCGAGUCUGCCUGGCGCUACCUCUAUGGCACGGGCUGCGUGGCCGGUGUAUACCUGCCUGGCUCCAAGCAGACUCUGACCAUCUACCAGGCCCUGAAGAAGGGGUUGCUGAGUGCUGAGGUGGCCCGUGUGCUGCUGGAGGCACAGGCGGCCACGGGCUUCCUGCUGGACCCAGUCAAGGGUGAGCGGCUUACAGUGGACGAGGCCGUACGCAAAGGCCUGGUGGGUCCGGAGCUGCACGACAGGCUGCUGUCAGCUGAGAGGGCUGUGACUGGUUACCGAGACCCCUACACAGAGCAAACCAUCUCCCUCUUCCAGGCCAUGAAGAAGGAGCUGAUUCCAUCUGAGGAGGCCUUGCGUCUCCUGGAUGCCCAGCUGGCCACAGGUGGCAUUGUGGACCCUCGCCUGGGCUUCCACCUCCCACUGGAGGUGGCCUAUCAGCGGGGCUAUCUCAACAAGGACACAUAUGACCAGCUGUCAGAGCCCAGCGAGGUGCGCAGCUACUUGGACCCUUCAACUGAUGAGCGCCUGAGCUACACACAGCUGCUUAAGCGGUGCCGGCGCGAUGAGAAGAGCGGCCAGCUGCUCCUGCCGCUCGCUGACAGCCGCCGGCUCACCUUCCGCGGGCUGCGUAAGCAGAUCACGGUGGAGGAGCUGGUGCGUUCACAGGUACUGGAUGAGGCCACGGCCCUGCAGCUGAAGGAAGGCCUGACCUCAGUGGAGGAGGUGACCAAGAACCUGCAGAAGUUCCUUGAGGGCACCAGCUGUAUCGCUGGCGUCUUUGUGGAUGCCACCAAGGAGCGGCUAUCGGUGUACCAGGCCAUGAAGAAGGGCAUCAUCCGGCCCGGCACAGCCUUCGAGCUCCUGGAGGCACAGGCAGCCACAGGCUAUGUCAUUGACCCCAUCAAGGGCCUCAAGCUGACCGUGGAGGAGGCUGUGCGCAUGGGCAUCGUGGGCCCUGAGUUUAAGGACAAGCUGCUGUCGGCUGAGCGUGCCGUCACCGGCUACCGGGAUCCCUACUCUGGGAAGCUCAUCUCCCUCUUCCAGGCCAUGAAGAAGGGCCUGAUCCUAAAGGACCACGGCAUCCGCCUACUGGAGGCCCAGAUUGCCACGGGUGGUGUCAUUGACCCUGAGGAGAGCCACCGGCUCCCAGUAGACGUGGCCUACAAGCGUGGCCUCUUUGAUGAAGAGAUGAAUGAGAUCCUGACUGACCCUAGUGAUGACACCAAGGGCUUCUUUGACCCCAACACAGAGGAGAACCUGACAUACCUGCAGCUGAUGGAGCGUUGCAUCACCGACCCGCAGACAGGCCUGUGCCUCCUGCCACUGAAGGAGAAGAAGCGUGAGCGUAAGACGUCCUCCAAGUCUUCUGUGCGUAAGCGGCGUGUGGUGAUCGUGGACCCUGAGACAGGCAAGGAGAUGUCGGUGUAUGAGGCCUACCGCAAGGGCCUUAUCGACCACCAGACCUACCUGGAGCUGUCAGAGCAGGAGUGUGAGUGGGAGGAGAUCACCAUCUCCUCCUCGGACGGUGUGGUCAAAUCCAUGAUCAUUGACCGCCGCUCAGGCCGCCAGUAUGAUAUUGACGAGGCCAUCACCAAGAACCUCAUCGACCGCUCGGCACUGGACCAGUACCGUGCCGGCACGCUGUCCAUCACUGAGUUUGCUGACAUGCUGUCGGGCAAUGCCAGCGGCUUCCGCUCGCGCUCCUCCUCUGUGGGUUCCUCGUCUUCCUACCCUAUCAGCCCAGCUGUCUCCAGGACCCAGCUGAGCUCCUGGUCUGAUCCCACUGAGGAGACAGGCCCUGUGGCUGGCAUCCUGGACACAGAGACACUGGAGAAGGUAUCCAUCACGGAGGCCAUGCACCGCAACUUGGUGGACAACAUCACAGGGCAGCGGCUACUGGAGGCACAGGCCUGCACAGGCGGCAUCAUCGACCCCAGCACUGGGGAACGCUUCCCUGUGACGGACGCUGUCAACAAGGGACUGGUAGACCGCAUCAUGGUAGAUCGCAUUAACCUAGCCCAGAAGGCCUUCUGUGGCUUUGAAGACCCCCGCACCAAGACCCGCAUGUCAGCCGCCCAGGCCCUCAAGAAGGGCUGGCUCUACUAUGAGGCCGGCCAACGCUUUUUGGAGGUGCAGUACCUGACAGGUGGCCUGAUCGAGCCUGAUACUCCAGGCCGAGUGUCCCUGGAUGAGGCCCUACAGCGUGGCACUGUGGAUGCCCGAACGGCUCAGAAGCUCCGGGAUGUCAGUGCCUACUCCAAGUACCUGACCUGCCCUAAGACCAAGCUCAAGAUCUCCUACAAGGAUGCACUGGACCGCAGCAUGGUGGAGGAGGGCACAGGGCUGCGGCUGCUGGAAGCAGCUGCCCAGUCCAGCAAGGGCUACUACAGUCCGUACAGCGUCAGUGGCUCCGGUUCCACUGCUGGCUCACGUACAGGCUCACGCACGGGCUCACGGGCUGGCUCCCGCCGCGGCAGCUUUGAUGCCACUGGCUCUGGCUUCUCUAUGACCUUCUCUUCCUCCUCUUACUCCUCCUCUGGCUAUGGUCGCCGCUAUGCCUCAGGGUCCUCAUCCUCCUCCCUGGGGGGCCCUGAGUCUACAGUGGCCUGAGCCCCUGCCUGCAACCUGCCCUCCUUGCUCUGCAUGUGGCCAGGCAUUGGGGUCUUGCUCUUAACUCUGAUAAGCAUUUUCUUCCCAAGUGGUGCCUAACGUUUUACCAAAAACAGACCAGACUACUAUAUUAAUAUAUAUAUAUAUAUAUAUGUAUACAUAUAUCUCUCUGCUGUCCAGACAGCCUGUAUCGGGGUGAAGGGGGAUGGGCCCAGCCCCACCAGCCACUUCUCCCCUCAGGUCUCCCUCUUCCUCUACCUGCUACUCACCACAGUCAGGUGCCUUGGAGGGGCCAUGGUUGGCCCCCCCUGUCCCUUGUAUCUCCCUAGGGAGGGUACCUCCAGCCCCACCAGAAACCCAGCACCAGUCCCAGCUGCUCAGGGGAGCGGAGGAAAGCAGGCAGUCAGUCCCUCCCCAGCAGGGCCUGCAGACCAGUUUUUCCUUCUGUCUGUUUCCAGGCCUGGCCCUGCUAGGGGAGGGCAGGGGUGGAUCAUAGGCCCAGCAUCUCAUCCACCUGCCCCGAGAAGUCCCUGCCCCAUGGGGAGAUGAGGAUCCACUCUGCAGCCCCCAGCCUGUCCUGAUCUCACUGCCCCCUGUCCCAGCCUUGCUUCAAAGAACUUCCCUCUUCUUACUCCCAAGACCCCAGGCUCUGGCUUUAGUCUAUUAGCCUCAGUUCCCCAGUAAGUGCCUUCUGUGUUCCCCUCACGGCUGAGGGCCCCGGAUCUGGGGGGAGAUCAUUUGAAAAGGCCCACCACCAGCCCAAAUCAACAUGCACCCACUGCCCCACCAAUGGGUGCUGCCCAGGUUUCUGAGGGGCUGUUCUCCCCAGGGCUUCCAUGGCUCCUCAGCCUGUGGAACCCUUUCUGGGUGGACCCUGACAGCCACAAGCCCCUUAUCUGGCCCGGGGAUGGUGCAGGGGCAGUCUGCUCCUUCUCCCUCCUUUCCUGUGCUGGUGGCCUCCGCCCUCAGUCUGAGCUUUGCAUGUUCCACUAACCCGGCAGGUGGUGGGUGGAGGCGCUAUGUUGUCUGCUGCCUCCUGGAGGGCAGAACACUAACCCGACCACGGGUGGGCCCGUGGCGCUCACCCCAAUAAAAGCGAUUCCAACCUU